AUGAGGAGCCAAGCUCCGGGAAAAGAAAGCAUGAAUACACCCACGGGCAGACAAUCCCAGAGAUACCCUCGAAAAGAGAAAGACAAGAAGCCUCGGUUGGAGAAUCAUUGGAACGACCCUCGAUACAACCUGAACCAAAGAGAAAUCUACCUAGACAUCAAAGGGAAGUACCCCAUGCCGAAGCCUCACCCAAUUCGAACAUCUGUCAAUAAGCGAGACAAGAAACUCUGGUGUGAAUUCCAUCACGAUUAUGGCCACACCACGAGAGAGUGUCGAGAGCUCAAAAGAGCCUUGGACAAAUUAGCUGACGAAGGAAAGCUGAAUCGAUAUCUCAAGGAUCCUAAGGAAAGAAAAGUCGAACCCCGGGCGGAAAAACAAGCUCGAAGCGACGAGACGGCAGGAUACAUCAAUGUCAUUGCAGGUGGAUUUGCUUCAGGAGGCUUAACCAGUCGCUCUCGCAAGAAGCACCUCUACACCUUAAAACACGGAAGUGAUGCAAACUCUACUGCCACAUGCCCGACCAUGACCUUCAAAGACAGUCGCCGGCCAAUACAAACCCCGCAUGACGACCCGCUGGUUGUCGAGAUGAAGAUUGCCAACCUUCGGGUAGGCCGUGUUUUGAUUGAUAGCGGAAGUUCCGCGGAUAUUAUCACUAUGGAUUGUUUAAGGAAGCUGAAAUACGAGGAAAAAGAUAUUAGUCCCAUCGAUCAGCCGCUGGUGGGUUUUGGAGGUCAAUCAGUUCAUCCGCUAGGCUCGGUCAAGCUACCGACUCGGAUGGGGGAAAAGAAGGCAGGACGAAAUGUCAUCGUCGAUUACCUUGUGGUCGACACUAGUCUCCCCUAUAAUGUGAUCAUUGGACGACCCACUCUCAACAAAGUCAAAGCAGCAAUAUCAACGUAUCAAUUGCUUUUGCAAUUCGAAGGGGACGACGGGAAAGUCGCUCAGUUAUUCGGCGGUCAGAAGUCUGCCCGUGAGUGCUACGUCAAUAGCCUGAAAAGCAAGACAGGAUGA